GAAGAUCAGAGGACGCACUUAAAUUUGCUCAUGAAUUUGCCGAGUUUUUGGCUAGUCCUAUCGCGUUGGAGGCAGUGAUACGUCUUCGCAUGAAUUCAUUCUAUGGAAACUUCUUUAUUCGUCAAACGGAUUUGCUCGCAUUACCUAAUGUGCCAAGAGAUCAUGCUUACACGGUUGAGGUUAGCAUAGAGGAAAAUAUAACAACACCAACUGUGUGUUUUCAGACCGCUCUUUUGCACACAACUUGCUUUGGUGAACGCAGGAUUCGAGUGCUGACAUUAGCACUGCCGGUAACCAAUAAUCUGAAUGAAUUGUUUGCAUCAGCCGACCAAAUAAUACUUAUUAACAUUGGUUCUUAUCUUGAAGCUACGGAACGAUCACUAUCAUCGAAAUUGGAGGACGCCCGUGACGCGUUGACAAACAAAAUGGUAGAUAUAUUGGGAGCGUACAAGUCAGCCGUCAUCGGAAACCAGGCCGGAGCUUCACCUCAUCUGCAAAUUUGUAAUAAUCUUAAGCUACUUCCAUUGUUAUCUCUCGGGCUGCUGAAACAUGUUGGAUCGUAUGGACCUGAAGGAAUUAUUAUGCCUCAACCUUUGAACCUAAGUAGUGAAAAACUUGAGCGAAAUGGUGCAUACCUUUUGGAAGAUGGUCAGAAUAUUUUUAUUUGGCUCGGCCGACAAGUAUCUCCCCAACUAUGUGCUGAUUUACUGAAUGUCCACUCUUAUGAGGAAGUUCGUUCAGGAAAGGCUACUCUACCACAACUCGAUAAUCCAUUCUCUCAACGGGUAAAUGUAAUAAUUGGUAAAACACGUGAAUCGAGACGAGGAGUCUACUAUCCUCAUCUCUACAUAGUAAAAGAAGACGGCGAUCAAUCGUUGCGGCUAUGGUUUAUGUCGCAUAUUAUAGAGGAUCGUACAGACACGGUGAUGAGUUAUCAUCAAUGGUUAGCGCAUUUGAAAGAUAAG